AUGCAGUUUAUGAUAUAUCUAAUAAAGUAAAAAAUUUAAAAAUAAUUUCUUUAUUUUAUUUUAAAAUAAAAAAUAUAUAUUUAUAUAUAUAUAUAUAUAUAUAUAUAUAUAUAUACAAUAAAAAUAUUAUUAUAAGUUUUAUAAAAUAUUGUUUAAGAACGAAUAACAUAAAAAGAGAAAAUUUAAAUGCAAAUAUUAUUAGAUUCAUUAGGUGCAACACGAAUGAUAUUAUUUGUAAUAUCAGAAAACCAUAAAAACUUAGAUACAGAAAUAUUAAUUUAUUUUUUAAGAUUUGCUAAUACACUUCUUGAAGGAGGAAAUUAAUAAGUUCAAAAAACAUUAUACGAAUUUUAUACUACGCAUUAAAAAUCUGAAAUAAUAUUUUAAAAAUUUAAUUAAAUUAUUAGAAAAUAAAUAUAAUCAAUAGAAUAGCAGGCUAAGGAGAAAAAUAAAUUAAGCUAGUUAACUAUAAAUUCUAUUUAAAAUAAUAUUACUAUGAAUAAUUAUAUUGAUAUUUAAUUAUUAGAAUAUGUUCUUAAUUAUCUAUAAUUAUCAUGCGAAGGACAUUAUUUAAAUUUACAAAAUUAUGCAAGAUAAUAAACUAAUUCAAGAAAUAAUUACGAUAUGAUAAAUGCUGUAGCUGAAUUAUUAAAAACAUACUAUUAUGAAGCCAGAAAUUAAUAAAUGUAUGAAAGUAUAAUUAAAUGUUUAGAUACUCUAAAUGAAUUUGUAUAAGGACCUUGUACAUAAAAUUAAAUUGCUGUUUCAGAGAGUAAAUUUUUUGAAAUUGCAAAUGAUAUUUUUACACCAAAAAAAUAAAAAAUUGAAAUAAAUAUUAAUUAAACAAAUACUUUAUUUACUUAAUAAAGUACAUAGAAAACUAAAGAUAAAUCGAAUUCAUAUGGAGGAAACAAAAAUAUAAAAUUAAAAUCCUAUUUUGAAUUAGAAAAAUGGAUGAUUAAUAGAAUUUAAAAUAAAUGUUUGACUCUUAUUUUAAGUCUUUUAGAAAUGUAAGAUAUAAAUGAAAAUAAUACUAUUAUUAAAAAAAUUAUGAGAUAUUUACCUUUGUCUCUUUUUGAACCUUAGUUAAUAGAAAUAUAUAAAUUAUAUUAAUUUGCAUAUAAAGAUGUAUAUAGUAUGGAAUGUUUAGAAUAUUUUUUUAAAGACCCUAAAUAAAUUAACUAAGAAAAUUUAAAAAAAUAUGAAUGUGUUGUUUAAAAUGGUUUUUCUAUUAUUUAUUUAAUUACUUAUUAUUUAUAAUAUGAUGAUAAACUCGAAAGCCCAUUUGUAUAACUUUACAAAUAACACAAAAAUAAAAUUUUAAAAACCGAUUAAAAUACAUUUGAAGGUUUUCUUUUUGGUGAAAAUAUAUUCGGUUAAAUAGCUUCUUUUAGUAUGAAUUUUCUCAAAACAGGACUCAAUGCAUUUUAACAAAUAUAAUCAUUUGCUUUUGACAGAUUUAAAGUAGAAGAGGAUGAAAGUGUAAAAUAAUUAAGAGAAGAAGAGGAAAAUAAGAAAAUAUUAAAAAAAUCAUUUUUCUUUUUUAGUGAAAAUACAGCUCAUAUAGAAGUUGUGAGAAAUAAUUAAUUAGAAUAAGUUUUUUUUAUUCUUUUACCAUUCACUCAUUGUCUUCCUAAAGAAAAAAAAAUCGAAUUUCAUGAAAAUGUAGAUAGAUAAAGUGUAAAAACAAAGGUUAGCUAUUUAAUGAAAUAAUGUUAAUAAUUAAUUGAAAUUUCAAAGCAUGAACAUAGAUUAAAAAUACUUUUUUCUUAAUAAAAACUGAUUGCUCUUUUUGCAAAUUAUGUCAAUUUGUGGAAAUAACUGACUUUUACUUUAACUUUAGUAUUAAAUAUUUUUAUAUUAAUAAGCUUUAAUAGUGAUUUUGGAGAUAGAAUAAAUAACUAUAGAUUGAUAAGUUUAUAUAGUGAAACAAGAUUAACAUAAUAAUAAACAUCAAAUAUAUUUGAUACUUUAGAAAUCGAAGUUAUUUAUUACAUAGCAUAUGGUACUUUGGCUGUUUUAGGAACUUUAAUUCAUCCUUUUUUUUUCACUUUCCAUUUAACUGAAAUACUAAUAAGGUAUCCUACAUUAAAAAAUGUGGUUAAAAGUGUUUAUAUACCAAGAGUUUAGAUAUAUCUAACUUUUGUUCUUUUUAUUAUUAUGAUUUAUACUUUUACUAUUGUUGCAUUUGUUUUCUUUUAUGAAGAUUUUAAAGGUAAUUGUAAUGAUUUAUUGAUUUGUUUUAUUUAUAGUUUUGAUUGGACUUUUAAAGUAAAUUAUUAUAUAUAUUUAAUUAUUUAUUUAUUUAUUUUUGAAAAAAAAAAGGCUAACGGAGGUGUAGGUGGACUUCUUACUUAACUUUCGGAAGAUAAUACAGUAAAUUUUAAAAUUGGAAGGCUAUUAUUUGAUAAUUUAUAUAAUAUUUUACUUGUUAUUAUUAUGGUGGAAAUUGUUGCAGGAAUCAUAGUUGAGGCUUUUGAAGACUUAAGAGAAAACGAAUAAAAAAAAAAUAGAGAUAUUAGUGAUAAAUGCUUUAUUUGUGAUAAUUUAAAGACUGAUUUUAAUAGAAAAUAAGAAAAUAAAGGUGGAUUUCUUGAACAUGUAAGAAUCAAUCAUUAUAUGUGGAAUUAUGUUAAAUUUGUUGCUUAUAUUUAAUGGAAAGAGCCUACUGAAUAUACAGGAAUUGAAAGUUAUGUUUUUGAAAAAAUUGAAAAUAAUGAUUUAACAUGGUUUCCAUUAAAUAAAGCAAGAGAAUUAGAUGAUAGUAAAUAUGAUAUAGAUGAAGAACAAAUUAAAUAUAUAAAUAGAAUUAAUUAAGAUAUUUUAUAUUCUAUUGAUGAACUUCGUUUAACGGAUAAAAAUAUUAAUAAAUUAAUAUGA